AUGGAAACCGGGCCAUCAAGAUCAAACAUCCUCCUAUACGUUCUUGUCCUUGCCCUAGUCUUGUCUCCAACACUCCCAUGUCAAGCAGCUAGUGUGCUUGUAGGAGGUGGAGGGCGCAAGCUUAUGGCACCAUCACCACCAGUUCGAAUGUGUCCACAGUGUGUAUGUUGCGCACCGGCUGCACCGGGUUAUUGCUGCCCAUGUCGUUGUCCCGAGGGUCCGUAA